CCCUUGUCUGUCUUCCUUUGUUUUGCUAAAGCUAAUGAAAAACCAGUACACAACAAAUUUAACUCAAAAGUUGAUCUUAUUCAUCUCUUCUUAGCUGAAAGAAAAUGAGGAAAACAAGGAGGAGAAAAGGGGAGGCUUUAGCUUCUACCUUGAAGUUGAAAACUCAGAUUCAAGAUAAUUGCUUUGAGCCUGUGCAAACUUGAAGUCCCUCCAAUUCCAUCUACAUUAUUUUCCUUUUCGGGAAAGUUCAUCAUCCGCCGCCCUCUUUAGACCCUUUAUCUGAUCUAGUCCUUCCACACUCACUUUCCAUGAAAUAUUUCCAAGAAAAUAUGUUGUUACACAUUGUCUUGACACUAGCAUUCUUCUCACUUGUGGGAAUUUCUGUUUCUUCCUCCAUCAUUUCUGAUUUUCAUGCAUUAAUCGCAUUGAAACGAGGAUUUGAGUACUCUAAUUUGGCGAUAAGCACUUGGAAUGCUCCAAAUCCCAACUUGGUUUGUUCAUGGAGUGGAAUCAAAUGCUUCCGAGGCCGAGUAGCCUCUCUCAACAUAUCAAAUACGGCUCUCAAUGGCUUUGUUUCCCCUGAUAUUACAAGGCUCGACAAGUUGAUGGAGCUGUCCAUUGAUGGAAACAAUUUCACUGGAGAAAUCAAGAUAGAAAAUAUGACCCGUCUCCAGUUUCUCAACAUAUCGAAUAACCAGUUUAUUGGGAAUUUGGAAUGGAAUUAUUCCAGUCUUGCCAACUUACAAGUGCUCGAUGCAUAUAAUAACAACUUCUCUGGUUACCUUCCAAUAGGGCUGUUGAGUUUGAAGAAUCUCAAGUACUUGGAAUUGGGAGGAAACUAUUUUCAUGGCAGAAUCCCAGCAAGUUACGGGAAUUUGGUUGAGCUGGAGUACUUGUCACUGGCAGGUAAUGACCUUCGAGGGAAACUGCCCAGGGAAUUGGGCAAUCUCACAAACUUGAAGGAGAUAUACUUGGGCUAUUAUAAUGUUUAUGAGGGUGGAAUUCCAGCGGAGUAUGGGAAGUUAGUGAAUUUAGUGCACAUGGAUCUUUCAAUUUGUGAAUUGAAUGGUUCAAUCCCUGCAGAGUUGGGGAACUUGAAGUCACUUGAUACUCUUUAUCUGCAUAUAAACCGGCUAUCAGGGCCAAUCCCGAAGGAAUUAGGAAACUUGACGAAUCUGGUAUAUCUUGAUCUUUCUGUCAAUGAAUUAACAGGAGAAAUCCCUUAUGAACUCACCAACCUCAAGCAAAUCAGGCUUCUCAAACUGUUCAUGAAUAGAUUGCAUGGUUCAAUACCAGAGUUUGUUGCUGAUUAUCCCAAGUUGGAAACUCUUGCUCUUUGGAUGAACAAUUUCACAGGUUUUAUCCCAAGGAAUCUUGGCCAGAAUCAGAGUCUGCAGGACCUCGAUUUGUCAUCAAACAAGCUCACUGGUACAAUCCCUAAAAACCUGUGUGCCUCAAAGCAGCUUAGCAUCCUUAUUCUCAGAGUGAACUUUCUCUUUGGCUCCAUACCAGAAGACAUGGGUACAUGUUCAAGUCUUGUCAGGGUGAGAUUGGGGAAGAACUACUUGAAUGGCAGCAUUCCAAGUGGCUUGAUAUACCUGCCUGAGCUAUAUUUUCUUGAACUGGAGAACAAUAUGUUGUCUGGGCCUUUGUCUGAAAAUAGUAAUACUUCCUUGAACCAAACUAAACUAGGACAAAUUAAUCUAUCCAACAAUAAGCUUUCUGGACCCUUGCCAUUCUCCCUUUCAAAUUUUCCUUCCCUCCAAAUCCUUCUACUUAGUGGAAACAGUUUUUCUGGUCCACUCCCUCCUUCCAUAGGUGAACUCCACCAAGCAGUAAAGCUUGACCUAAGUGGAAAUGCUCUUACAGGUGAAAUCCCACAUGAAAUUGGGAACUGUGUGCAUCUCGAUUAUCUUGAUUUGAGUCAGAACAACCUUUCUGGUCCAAUCCCGGAAGAGAUAUCUAGUAUUCGGAUCUUGAAUUACUUAAACCUAUCAAGGAAUCACUUCAGCGAGACCAUACCUGAUUCAAUAGGCUCAAUGAAAAGCCUUACAAAAGCUGAUUUUUCAUUCAACAAUCUCUCCGGAAUGCUACCCGUAUCAGGCCAGUUUUCAGUCUUCAAUGCUUCUUCAUUCAUAGGAAAUCCACAACUCUGUGGACCCUUAUUGAAAAAUCCCUGCAGAAGUAUAACAAUCACAAGGCCACCUGGGAAACCCCACAAUGUAUUCAAACUUAUUUUUCCUAUUGCCCUGUUAAUGUGCUUGCUUGCUACUGCAGCUAUCAUCAAGGCCAAGUCAUCCAAGGAAAAUGGCUCAAAGUCUUGGAAAAUGACUGCCUUCCAAAAGCUUGAUUUUAAAGUUACCGAUAUCCUGGAAUGCCUGAAAGAUGGGAAUGUGAUUGGCAGGGGAGGAGCUGGGGUCGUCUAUCAUGGCAAAAUGCCUAAUGGGGUCGAAAUUGCUAUAAAAAAACUCCUAGGAUUUGACGGCAUCAACAGCCACGAUCAUGGCUUCAAAGCUGAGAUUCGAACACUGGGUAACAUCAGGCACAGAAACAUAGUAAGACUCCUAGCAUUUUGCUCAAAUAAAGACACAAACCUUCUCAUUUACGAGUACAUGAGAAACGGCAGCUUGGGCGAUGCACUGCACGGGAAAAAGGGUGGAACUUUGAGCUGGAACUUGAGAUACAAAAUUGCACUGGAUGCUGCUAAAGGUUUGUGCUAUCUGCAUCAUGAUUGCUCGCCUCUAGUCGUGCAUCGGGACGUGAAAUCAAACAACAUAUUGUUGAAUUCGAGCUUUGAAGCUCAUAUCGCAGAUUUUGGGCUGGCCAAGUUCUUGGUAGAUGGGGGCGCCUCACAAUGCAUGUCAGCCAUUGCAGGUUCAUAUGGUUACAUUGCUCCAGAAUACGCAUAUACCUUGAAGGUAGACGAGAAGAGCGACGUCUACAGCUUCGGGGUAGUCCUCCUCGAACUCGUCACCGGCCACCGCCCCGUCGGCGGCUUCGGAGAAGGCGUGGACAUCGUGCAGUGGAUUAGGUGUUCGACGAAUUGCAACAGAGAAGAAGUCACUCGCAUCAUCGACCCCCGGCUCACCGUCGUGCCAAAGGAUGAAGCCAUGCACUUGUUCUUCGUCGCCAUGCUCUGCGUCCAAGAAAACUGCGUCGAGCGGCCCACCAUGAGGGAGGUGGUGCAGAUGUUAUCGGAAUUCCCCCGCCGAUCGCCGGAACACCAAUCGUCGUCUUCCUCGAUCAGCCACCAAUUACAGCAUCAGCACAAGAACAACAAAUCAGAUUUUUCUCAACCCUUUUCGUGAUUUUUCCAAUAUGCCUUGAUUUCUGUAACAUUUUUCCUCUUGUUGCUGUCAUUGGAUCUUAUAAGAACAGGAGAUUUGGUGAGCAAAUAGAAACAGGAGGAAAAUUUGUUUGAAAAUACGUAGAGGUAGCCGAUCCUUGUACAAUAAUGUAUAAAUAGUACGUAAUUUCAAUCUGCAUGCACAGCUUUUCUAUCCUA